ACGCGGUGAUGUACUGAGUGCAGGUGGUGCUGAGGGUUUAAAACGAGGAUUUAAAUGUGAACGUGUGUAAACGAUGUUAGUCAAGUUGUAGACAACAGUUUACCGGUGUUUUCUCUAAAAGCGGCAUUUCUACGUGAUUUGGCUCCAGAUAAAAGUUUGGACUUAACUUCAGGAUUUCACUUCUCUUGUUCUAAACUUUCUAUAAAAGAAAACAUGGAUUUCCCUUAACCAUGAAACAAGGAUGGCAUGUACAUGUUUCCAAUAAGAGACUAUCCCUCUGUUUCAUGUCAUAUUGAACUUCUGAGCCACACUGGCAGACCCUUCUAAGUUUGUUGCAGAGGGGAUGAUGCCCACACAGUCACCAUCACACGGCUGUGUUCUGGAGGUCAGAAACAAGUAUGAGGUCAUUCCUUCAGUUGCAUGCGCCAUUUUCUUCGCUCUGGGAAUUGUCUUCUGCUUCUGGGGGUAUCGCUGUUUUAAGAUGGUGAUGUUCCUGUCAGGGCUGGCAUUUGGAACUGGCAUAGGCUACCUGCUGUGUCUCCGGGAGCAGCUGCUGGACUCACCACUGGAUCCAGAGACAAGAGCAGGCAUCUCUCUGGGCAUCGGCUUACUUGGAGGACUGGUGAGCGUACUUGUACGCUGUGUGGGUCUCUUUCUUACUGGCCUCCAUCUGGGACUUCUGCUCUCCAUCACUGCCCUGGUGGCAGCAGGACUUUACUAUCCAAUCUUCACUCCUGUGUGGCUGCCUGUGGGCACAGUCUUGGGAACUAGCAUUUUCUUUGCUGUGCUGACACUCUGCUGGCAGAAACGUAUGACUAUAACAGCUACGGCCACAAUGGGAGCUGCUAUUGUGGCUGCAUGUGUGGAUUACUGUACAGAGAUGCCAAUGCUGGUAUGGUGGGCAUAUAUCGCGCUGUGGAGGGACCAGGAGAAGUCGCUGUGCUGGUACAGCUGGGUAAUCGCAAGCAUCUGGCCUGUAAUAGCAGUUCUGGGAAUUAUGAUACAGUGCAAAUACACAGCCAGAGGUUUUUCACAGACUGAAGUGCUAGUGAGUGGUAAACAGAAGCAAGUCCAGUUAAUUCGAAUCAGACAGACAGAUGCACGACGGCGACCUGAUGGAAAACAUCAGCGCAGACCUCCACCUCUCAAGCGUUACGCAGGAGAUGUACUCGCACCGAGUUAUCUGGCGAGCCUACGUGAACGGCAGAUGAGCACUGGAUCUUCUAUGAGCAGUCUGAGCACCGUCUACCACACCAUGAUAGACUUUGAUUAUGAGACAGGAUCCAUGGUGCCUCUUACACCCUCAUCACCUGCAUCACUCAGGGUUUGAGUUAACACAGAACACAAAUUCACGUCUCAGACUAGUGGACAUUUAUCCUUAUGUACUGUGGAUUCUUAACGAUAAUAGGAAACAUUCCAAGAGAGCUAAAGGCCAGCAUGCAAGUCUUAAAACUCUAUGGCACUCAUGGCAUUUUAGAUUAAAGCUAAAGCUGAAUAAAUAAAGUAUUCAUGACUUUUCUAACAGCAUAAACUACAAAUAUAAGUCUUGUAUACUCUAACCAUUAUUGUUACAAAACAUUUUAACAUAAAGCAGAUAGACAACUUGUAUUCAGCCUCAAAAAAUGUCAGAUGUAAAGGUGAACAAAGCUGAGCCUACACUACGAGACUGUAGUCUGAUUCCUGAUAAGUUUGCCAUUCAAAUAAUUUACCAGAAGUAUAAUAGGGGGUGUAAGUGAAUAUUUGUUGACUUUUAAGUGUGCAUGUGUAUAACAACUCGUGUUAAAUUAUUAUUCAGAAAUUUUUUUUUAAUUUAAGUGAAAAGAAGGAAACAAUACUUUGCAAACUGCUAAUUAUAAUGCACAGUCACUUUUACUGUUUACUUAAGUAAGUAGUAAUUGUGGCAUGUCCAAUUUGUUUUUCAGACACGCUACUAAAUCAGUACUUGGUAACAUGCCAGAUUUUACAGACUGCAAAAACAUUUUAGCUGUCUUCUCUUUCUUUUUUGCAUCUACCCAUGUAUUUUUCUGUGACACUGGCUUUCACACAAUCCCAAAUCAGCCCUAAUCAAAGCUUUUUCUUAGACAAGGCAGUCACUACAGCUUGUUACUGCAGAUCCUCCACAUGCCGUAGACUGGCUCGUGUCACAUUGAUCAAACGGUAAAUAGAGGAAUGCCGUCAUUCAUAAUACUUUUAAAGAAGGUGACCAGGGGUAAACAUUUGACAAAACAUUUGAAGUACAUGAUUGCGCAUCAGCCAAAUCGGACACUGUGGUUUAUUCAGUAAAGGUUAUUCAAAACUUAAACAGGACUACAACAUAUAAUAGGCCAAAGUACUACAUGAUGUUUAAGAUACAAUUAUGCACAUUUAAAUGACAUAACAAUGUUAUAGUUCACUAUAGUAUAUUCACUAUUGUCUCAAACUACAUCGUACUCUUCUAUACAAAUUAGUUCACAACCAUUAGUGUUGUUUCCAUUUUAUUUCUAUUGCAUAUGUAGUAUGUGUAAGCCAGUGAAAUCAAGAAUGUUAAUUUAAACACAGCAAUUCUCUUUUCGAAGUGUUUUCGGAUUUUAUGUCAUGUAGUGUAUGCCCAGCUUCAUUUGGUCAAUAUUCAGUCUUAAACAAUGACUCAUUUUGCACCACUGUUUGUGCCUUCUUGGAAUUUAGUAAAAGUUACAAACUGCAUUUACUUGAGGCUUCAUGGAUAUACAGUAUUUCACUCUGGCUCAUUUUGCAUGGCACAUUAAACCAAUGCUGUA